AUGAUCUCUACCAUAACUGUACAGCCGGACACAAUCCCGGACGCACCAAUUCCAGCUGAAUACGAUGUGUCAAAGGACCAACCGCAGAUUCUAGAGGACUCAUUGGCUUCGGAAGAUGAGGCCGACCAGCAUCCUCUUGGAGUGCGACCGGCAGGAAAUGCCCUGACCUCGACGGAGAACGCUCAGAGACAUAUGGGGUUCUUUGGUCAGCUACCAGACAGCCUACUCUUGGUGCUAUUGGAAUUCCUGGACAACCCAUCCCUAGUCUCUUUGGGCAGUACUUGUCGCGGCCUAUAUGCGUACUCGACGUUCGAUCAAUUAUGGCGAGAUCUCGCAAUCAACGACCCUAGGGAGGACUUCGAGUGGCGCGGGAGUUGGAGAGCGUCGGUGAGACGACUUCCCACACCGCAGCUUGCGAGUGUGGACUGCCGACACCUGUACUCUGAUGCAUUGCAUCGACCGUUUCUCUGUUCACAGAUCUCGCUCAAACCCUAUGUCUGCGGCAUACCUAGACGCAACGAAAUACCGAGGCUGAAUGACUUGUCUGCCUUCGAAUUCGACAGGGCAUGGGUGGACAGGCCCUUCAUUUUGACAGAACCCGUAAAGAAGUGGCAGGUCUAUAAUGAAUGGGACCAGGAUUUCCUGCUUGCCAGAUACGGGAAGACCCCCUUUCGUGCAGAGGCUGUGGAUUGGCCCUACGAGAGAUAUGCGGCAUACAUGGCCACGACAAAGGACGAAAGCCCGCUAUACUUGUUUGACAGGGACUUCGUUGAGAAAAUGAACCUGAAAGUGGAUGCCGACGGCGCCUACCUCCCACCGGAUGCCUUCCAAAGCGAUUUAUUCACGUUGCUCAGAGAACAAAGACCAGAUCACCGAUGGCUGAUUAUUGGACCGGAAAGGAGUGGAAGUACUUUUCACAAGGACCCCAAUGCUACCAGUGCCUGGAAUGCGAUAAUUCGUGGUUCGAAGUAUUGGAUCAUGUUUCCUAGCGAUGUGCUCCCUCCGGGUGUCUAUAUGAGCGAAGAUCAAAGCGAGGUGACCUCGCCUCUCAGCAUUGGAGAGUGGCUGUUAACUUUCCAUGCCGAGGCGCGGAGCACCCCUGGCUGUCUAGAAGGCAUCUGCCGAGAGGGAGAAGUCUUGCAUGUCCCAUCUGGAUGGUGGCAUCUUGUGGUCAAUCUCAGUCCCGCCAUCGCUAUCACUCAAAAUUUCGUCCCUCGAGCCCAUCUUCGGUCCACAGUCAAAUUCCUGCGGCACAAGCCUGAUCAGGUCUCUGGUUUCAAGAACAACGUUGUCGACCCACACGCCCUCUUUAUGGACCGCUUACGGCAGUCAGACCCUGAUCUUGCGGCCUCUGUCGAAGAAACCAAAAAGAGGAAGUGGGAGGAACUGGUGCACGAUCCAAGCCAGUCCAACCAAGACUCGGGUGGUUUUAGCUUCGGAUUUGCCGACGAUGUAGAGGAAGACAUUCAAUGA